AUUACGUCAGAUGUGAUGUUGGUGAAGUGAUUGGGUGAAUUCAUUGAAUUUGGGUCCGUUCGCUCCGGUUAUAUCGAUCAGUUUUCCAGUUUUCGUAUUAACAUUAUCGCACUAGCAAUAAUAUGAUGUCUUCCGCGUUAGACGUCGAUCCAACAUUCAAACAUGCACUUAAAUUGCUUCACUCGGACAAAGCCGAUUCGGCGGAAAAAAUCCGCAGCCUGCUGGACGAGGUCAUCAAGCAACGCCAUGGUAGCGGUAAAACCCUGGCCAGUACACUUACCAAGAAGCACUUAGCGGAAGAAAGUUUGGCCCUUGGCAGCAAUCUGUAUGUACGCAAGCAAAAGCCAAUCGUGACUGUAGUUGAUGCGGUCGCUUCAGUUUCUAUUUGCGACUCAAACCAGCAAUCUCCCGCAAAAAGUGAACCGCCAACAGAAAGUAGUGUUCCGACGCCGGAAUCGUUGACUGUACCACCUCCACAGGGUGCGAUAAUUUUGUCGAUUUCUGAUGUUGAAGGCAACGACGAUGAUGACGAAGUUGUGAUGGAAGAAGACCAGCUGAAGGAGCUGGAAGAUUUGAUGUGUAUCGUUUGUAGGAGAAUGGAUGUUAGUGCAAGAAAUAGGCUGGUCGAGUGUGCCGAUUGUCAUUCCUUGUAUCACCAGGAGUGUCACAAACCUGUGAUUUCCGAGGUGGAUGCAAACGAUCAGGAGAACGCUUGGUUCUGCACAAUCUGCAGAGGGAAAUCGUUGAGCAAAUCUUCUUCGUCAUCUGCCGUGGGUUCCCCGGCACGAACUUCAUCCUCCUCCCACUCAAAGUCAUCUAGCAGUGGAAGCGUGAAAAAUAAUGAAUCAUCUUCGUCAUCCCAUCGGCAUAAGAGAGCCAAAUCAGGCAGCAGCAGGGAAAGUUCUUCUCAUGACAGAGACAGGGAAAGGGAAAAAGAUCGCGAUCGGGAUCGUGAUCGUGAGCGCGACCGCGACCGCGAUCGGUCGGAAAAAGGAGACCGAGAGAAGGAUAGAGAUAAGUCCAAGAGUAGCUCUGGCUCGGGGUCAUCGUCAUCCAUUGGCGCAGGUGGAUCAGCAUCAUCAGCGGCAUUAUCUUCCAGUAGUGGGGCUGGUACACCGAACAUUAACAUUAUUAGCGCCGACAAGCGUCUUCAGAUGAUGAAAAAGAAGGCCGCCAAAUUGCAGGACAGUAAAAGAAAGCACAAAUAAUCCAUUUGCAUAUCUAAAAAUGAAAUAAGACAUUAUUAUUGUAAAUUUAUUGAAAUCAUGGGUAAUAAAAUGAACUACUU